AUGACGAGGGAACCGCAUAUCCGAUUGGCUCGUAAAGAAGACGUGGCUACCAUUCUCUCAUUCAUCAAGGCAGGGUCUGUCGACCAGAGCCCCAACACGGAGAUUGCAGCGACUGAGUCUCGCCUGUUGGCGACUCUCCAUUUUGAAGAUGAAGAAACAGUCACACCAACGACUUCACCAAAGUUUGGUUGGCCACUCAUAAUUUAUUCUCCGGAAAAUAAACCAUCUGGCCUUGCGAUUUACUACCACAACUACUCGACAUGGGCAGCUGCGCCCGGAAUAUGCCUAGAGGAGCUCUAUGUGGUCCCCGAGUAUCGGUCCCAUGGUUACGCUAAAUUGCUAAUAGAAACAAUCGCUCAGAAAGCACAAGACACGGGCUGCAUCAAACUGGAUUGGCUCUGCUUACGGGAUAAUCAACGGGCUUUGCGCUUCUAUGAGAAGGUUGGGGCCAAGACAAUGGAAAACUGGGUGGCUCUCAAGGUUGAUGAGCAGACCAUGGCGGACCUCGCACGAAGGACACUCACCAACGAUUAG